CAUCCAAUCCCAUUUCUUCCUCAGCAUCUUUUCUUUCAAAGACCUCCUUCGCACAACAAAACAAACGGGAGCUCGACUGGCCACUCAAAUGUGACGACGGCCCAGCCCAGAGCCUGUCUGAUCCUGCCUUGCUUUCCCUGCAUUUGCGCACUUCCCAUCGCAUGUCAGGACUGCCGGACAUCAACGACCCAACAGCCAUAGCAGUCUGGAAUAGAGCUGCUGCGCGUCUCGUGCGGGAGACGUUGGAGAGAAUCAUGACUUCGUCUGCGUCGACUGCUACACCCAUGAAGCAUGCCUUCGAGAGGCGUGUUCAGGACGUCAAGUCGCCCAAAAGCGACAUCAACGCCCUGAUCCUCGAUUACUUGACGAUGGAAGGUUACCCUAACGCUGCCGCAAAAUUCAGCAAGGAAGCCAACCUCCAACCCCACCAAGUCGACGAGACGAUCAAGGUCCGCCAGCAGAUCCAAAAGUCCAUCCACACUGGAAGCAUUCAGUACGCCAUCGAGGCCCUGAAUGACUUUGACUCAGAGAUCCUGGACCGCGAUCCAACGUUGCACUUUGCGCUGCUUCGCCUCCAACUUGUGGAGCUCAUUCGGGCGUGCACAAACACACCUGGCGGGGAUAUCACUCCUGCCUUGUCAUUCGCCACGAACCAUCUUGGACCGCGUGCACCGACCGACUCGCGCUUCCUCAAAGACCUGGAAGAGACGAUGGCGCUGUUAGUGUUCCCGCACAACGAUCUCGAGCCGCAGUUGGCAGCCAUCUUGCAUCCAGACCUGAGACGGGAUGUUGCAGAUGAUGUCAACAAGGCCAUCUUGCAGCGUCAGUCGGAGCGCAGGGAAGCCGCGAUCCGACAGCUGGUCAAGAUGAGGGCUUGGGCUGAGUCUGCUGCGAGAGCGGAGAAGAAGCCCCUCCCUGAGAGAAUCGGUCUCGGCUUAAACGGAGACGAGAGCGAUGGCCACGACCCAAUGAUGCUCUCGUAGAGCAACAGUCUUGAGGACUACAACAGCGACAAGGAGAAUCGUGACCUUCUUCAAGAGGGUCCGUUGAAUGAGGGCCAUGGGCGAGAAACAAACGAUCUUGAUCGGUAUCUCCUUUACAGACCGAUUACCUCCCAGGUCGAGGAAUAGAAUCGCAUCCUGGGGGCGGAGAGUUAUCACGAUGGCGUAGCCCAUGUCGCUGACGACGCUAAAGACCGCCGUUUGGUUGAGUUGAUCAUGGAAUAUUAUGAAGAGGAACAUGAUGGCUAGAAAAUAGCGCAUGGAGUUAAAGAGCAAGCAGGGUUUGACUUGGGGAUACGGGCCAGGAUUGGCUAAUCUUGGAGGCGUUACACCAUUCGGUUACGACUGAAUGAAAUUAUGGUACAUACAUCUUUAAUGGUUCACGACAUCGGGUCAACAGAUGACCGAUAAAGGAAUAGAAGCCAUCAUGGCAAUUGCGA